AUGGGUGAACUGAGGGUUGCAAACACAAGGGUGCAUGAUUGGUUGAGACAAAUCCCACCUAAACACUGGGAUAUGAGUCAUUUCUCAGGAAGGGCAAAUUGUGACAUUUUGUUGAAUAACAUAUGUGAGUCCUUUAAUAGCAAGUUGGUAGAUGCUAGAGAUAAGCCAAUAAUAACAUGUGUUGAAUAUAUUAGAGAGUACAUGAUGAGAAGGAUAGUUGUUGUUCAGAAAGUCAUAGACAAGUGUGAUGGACCACUAACUCCAACAGCAGCCUUGAUUUUUGAUGCAAUUAAAAAGGAAGCAACCAAGUAUACUGUGAUAUUCAAUGGUGUGGAUCAGUAUGAAGUUAAAGGUCCAUGGCAGGACCAAACUGUUGUCAAUACAACUACAAAGAAAUGUAGUUGCAGAAAGUGGGAGUUGACUGGUAUUCCCUGCAAGCAUGCAGUUGCAGCAAUAUGGAAUAUGAAUGAUAAUGAUGAGCAGCCUGGGGAACCAGAAGAGUGGGUUCAUAGUGCAUAUAGAUUGGAAACUUGGAAGGAGGUAUAUAAACAUGUGUUGAAUCCAGUCACUGGUCCCUCCACAUGGCCAACAAGUGAUUGCACACUCAAAUUGUUACCCCCACAUCAUCAUACACAGGUUGGCAAGCCAACAAAGAAAAGGAAAAGAGCUGCUGAUGAGAAGGUAAAACAAUCAAGUGUUUCAGGAGGUAAACUUUCUAGAGUUGGGAAAACUGUCACAUGUUCAAAGUGUGGACAGAAAGGACAUAACCAAAGAAGAUGCAAAGGUCAAAGACCACCAGGUUCAAGUCAGCCAAACAAGAAACAAAAGAAAAGUAAACCUAAAGCUGGGGUGGGUGCAAGUCAGGCAAGUGCAGGUCAAGGUCAGGGAAGUCAAGCUAGGGCAGUUGUAAGUCAGGCUCAAGGAAGUCAAGUUAGGGCAGGUGCUAGUCAGGCUCAAGGAAGUCAACCAAGUCAGAGCUUUGGAACACAAGCAAGUCAACCAAUACCUGCUUCAGCUUAUAGAACCAAUACAAGUCCUAGGCUUAAUGUCAAACGAUUUGCUAGAGCCAAUUGAAGACUUAUGGUUCAAUUUAUAUGACUUUUCUGCAUUAUGUAAUUUGUGACUUAUGCUUCAGGUUAUGUGUUUGUUGAAACUUAUGACUUCUGGUGUGUGAUAUGACUUAUGGUAUGUAAUUUGUGGCUUAUGUAUGUUUAAUUAUGGUAUGUAAAAC